CUGCAUCAGAGGAAGAUGAUGAAGUUGUGCUGAUGAUUAAAGAACUGCUGGAUACAAGGAUAAGGCCGACCGUGCAGGAAGACGGUGGGGAUGUUAUUUAUAAAGGCUUUGAGGAUGGGAUUGUGCAGCUGAAGUUGCAGGGCUCCUGCACCAGCUGUCCCAGUUCCAUCAUCACCCUGAAGAACGGGAUACAGAACAUGCUCCAGUUCUACAUCCCUGAGGUGGAAGGCGUGGAACAGGUCGUUGACGAUGAUGACGACGUGGAGACACAAGCAAAUCCUACUUGA